UUCUAGCAUUUGCACAAGCAUUUGGCGGGCAAUCAGGCUACCACGGUGGUAAUGGCGAGAUUCAGGGUAAGAAGUAUCAUGAUGGCAAACCACCAGGCCACAAUGUCAAUUGUCAAACCCAUAUCCAACGCAUCAUGGAGGAAGUCCGCAUCCUGUCGACAAACCGAGACAUAGUCUUCAUGCCCACCAACCUCUAGGUCGAUGGAUGACCGGCCAUGCCACAUUCUACGGUGGUGGCGAGGCUUCUGGCAGGGCACUAUGGGAGGGGCCUGAGGAUACGGGGAUCUGUACAGCGAAGGCUAUGGCACAAAGACAGCAGCUUUAAGCACAGCCCUGUUCAACGAUGGCAAAUCCUGCGGACCAUGCUUCCAGCUGAAAUGCACACACGACCCACAUUGGUGUCUCCACCCAGUGGAGGGCUAGGAUGGUGCAAUGCGCCCAACAAGCACUUUGAUGUCAUCCAGCCGAUCUUCCAGCACACGGCUGCUUACAAGGCAGGGAUAGUCCCAGUUAUGUACACGAGGAUCGCCUGCAAGAGAAAAAGAGGGAUCAAGUUCACCACUACUGGGAAUGCUUACUUCGACCUUGUGCUUGUGACGAACGUCGGUGGUGCUGGAGAUGUAGUGGCCAUGUGGGUCAAGGGUUCAAACCAUGGUGAAAAGUGGCUGCCCAUGGUGAGGAACUGGUGCCAGAAUUGGCAGACGAAUGGUUACCUGCAAGGCCAAGGGGUGUCUUUCAAGGUUAUAACUAGUAAUGUUCAAACUGUCACUUCGUUCAAUGUUGCUCCUAAGAGCUGGUCUUUUGUGCAGACUUUUGUUGGCAGGCAGUUUGGGCAGGCUCACCCUGGCCGCCAAAGAAGGAAAUGAAAUGAAACACAGAAGAGACAUCAGAUAUAUAUUGUACUUGAUAGGCUAUUUGAUUAUUGGUAUAGAUCGUCUGCUGAUAACUUUUCUGGUACAUAACCAAGUUCUACAGAUUCUUCACUCAUGGGAAGUUUGGAACUGCUAUCAAAGAGUUCAUUACUGCAUUAGGCUAUAAGAGCAUGGAAACUAAACAAAUUCAUUCAUACAGACAUAAACAUGAAAACUUGUGGCAUGAACCAAAACAUGUGGCAUUUCACAAGAAGGGUUCAUGCCUCAAUUCUUUCAACCAAUGUCGCAAUUCCAUAAGUGAGAAGAACUGCAAUUUCACUUGUGGGCAUGUGGGAAAGGCAAAUCUGACAUAUUCUCAAACAUUCAUUCACUUGAAAACACACAUACAAAGUUUCCGAUCUAGUUUCUGAUUUCGCCUAAAACUGACAUUUGACAUAUUCUCAACAUCUCGAAUGCUACAUUCCACCAAUUUACUAAUCUCACGCCUAAUCCAACCACCCCCUUCAUCCAUGUGAACUCCCAAACAACCAAAUUACAUUCCAUAGAAUUACUUAUCGCCUCCAAGAAUCCACUUGGGUAGCCUCUUCUUAAGCUCUGCUCCACUGCCGCCAAUCUUAGAAGCUGCACAAUCUGGAGAAGAAAAAAAACUCUCUAUACAGUAACGCAGAGCACCAUUCUGUUAGUUUAAAUCGCAUCUUAAUGCAGUAGAAUAGCGGCUCCUAAAGAACAGGCAAAGUCAACAAGUAAGAAAACAAAACCAUUCACAAACGAUUGCAUAACCCUAAUAAGAUCGAUCUUAGAAACCAAGUUCUGCAUAUGAAAAAUAAAACGAAAAAGACGCGAACUUUAUAUUUUAUUUUAAAAGGGUUUUGGGGGGUUUAGCCCGCGACGCCAUCAUAGCCGAGUCGAGAGAUUUUCAUCGACGAUGGGCUCAGCCUGCGGGCAGUCUUCACCGCGGGAUUGACGAACCUCCACAGCAAGCCAAAAUGGGAACACCGCCACCGUUAUCCUACCACCGCAAAGAGCCGCCAACAAAGACCAUUGGAGAUGGGCAGGGUAGCUCGAGAAAGCGACGGAGAGAAACCAGAGACGGAGCAGAGUUGCCGAUUAGGCGACUGAGAGAUUCGUUUCCCGCUCAGAUAAGAUCAAGUAGUGUUGAUUUGCUGAUGGGAUGGAAGUUCUG